CAACGAAAGAAGUUCCAUGAGCAGCGCAAUCCCACAUCCAUCGCCAGCGCUGCCGCCGCUUAGCUCGUUGGACGAAAUGGAGUCCAAAGGGCCGGGAACAGCGACCAUCACUGAGCAAGACACGGCGAUAGCCUCUGUAGCCCCCCAACUGGCGUCGCAAGCAGAAGCCGCGGCACCUUCAACCACUCCGACAUCCCCACCACCACCCACGUCGCCACUCACAUCGCCACCCGCAUCACCUGUAACCAUCUCAUCGACGGUGCGUGAAGUGUUGUCCGUGCCGUCGCCCCGCCACUAUGCGACCUCGUCACCUCCCCCUUCCGCGUCCAUGUUGUCCCCACGCUCCAAUAGUUUUACGAAGUCGUCGCCACACGACAAACACAUGUCUCCCGCGAUGGAAUGGCGCAACAAGAGUGUGUCCUGUGACGCUCUUCGUGGGUUUGAAUCCUCGCGGAAGACGUACAUCGAUCCAGGGCAGAGCGCAGAUCGUCGGUACUGGGAACUGUUUUGCCAGGAAGUGACCGCCGGCCGCGAGCACAACGCGCGACUCGUCAAGUUCUUCACGCAGAAAGUGGCGGCCGACUUGGCAUAUGCCGACAGUUUGCGGCGCCUUCGCUUGGUGCUCGAUGGCCCGCCGGUGGCAGAUCCAUCAUCUGCAUCGGUGGCGGCAACUUCGACCAAGUCCAAGAUGAACUUGCAGGUUGCGUCCUCAUGUGACCAAGCGCUCGCUGCCCUAGGGGAAAGCCAGCAAUUACUGUGUGAAAAGCUCGAAAUGUUCACCAACACCGUCCAGCGCGACGUCCUCCUGCGACCGUUCCAGGAAAUGGUGGCAAAGUACGAAGAGACUGUAUCUGCGAUGCUGUCAGAAGGGGACGCGCUGGACGCGCUGCUGCAUGUGACACAGCGCCGGGUACACGAAGCGUUCGCCGUGUACGACGGCGUGUUUAGGGACAUGGAGCGGCACCGCCACGCCAAGGACCCGUCGGGUCCGGCCGACUCGAAAGCAGCCGGGAACGACCUCUGGCUCGCGGAAAUGUCGUACGGCGUGCAUGUAAAGCGGCUGCAAACCGUCCGCGUCGAGUAUGUCAAGGGGAUGGCGGGUCUAUUCCACCAGUUCAAGACGUUGGAGGUGCUGCGGGUGUCUGUGACGAAGUCGGCGCUGGACAUUUUCAUCCGCAAGCAAAAGUUGAUUUUUGAAGAAUUAGGCAAUUCCAUGACGGAACCGCUGGCCAUUGUGCAGAAAAUCGAAGCCGAGAAAGAUUUGAUCCAAACCAUCCGUCGCAUACCACGCAAUAACACUGCGCUGGCAUUGGCAGUGGACGGCCAAGAAGCCGCUUUCUUCAGCUCGUUCCGGUCACCCUUAGCUAGUCCACUGUUGAUUCGAUGCGGAUUCCUAAAAUACCAAGUGACGUCGACAAUGUUCAAGACAUGGAAAGAUAUGUUUGGGGUGAUUACGCAGGACCGGUGGUUACACUUGUUUGAGCUCAACCCGCCCACGUUGUCGUGUGUGAAGAGUUUGAACGAGUACAUUUUGGAGUGCCUGCCUGCUGCUACGGCUGACAGUGUCACAUGCAAUCCGUUCGCGUCCGUCUCGUUGCCCAACUGCCGCCUCACAAUCGCCAAGGGCCACAGUCCGACGUUCGAAGUCGCCGAAGCGGUUGCGUCCACGGGCCUCUUCAGCGUGUUUAAGACGGAGAGCACCAAGCGCCACAUGUUUCAAUGCGUGUCCCAGCCGGACUUGGUGGAUUGGGUGGUCGCCGCGAAACGGCUGAUCCCGUCCCCCACGUCCUCCCACAGUCGCCCAUACCAUCAUCGCUAAGACUAGUAUAAUUAACAAGUCUCUCUAUCUCUCUCCGAGUACC